AAGUAUGUCCUUGCUUAAGUAAGGAAACCAAGACUGCAAACACUACUCCAAGUGAGGCCUCAUCACUGCUCUGAAUAAUUGUAAUAAUAAGAACAGGAGGAUUUGCAGACAGGAAACUCAAACCAAACUUCACACUGAGAUCUGACUCAAUUCCUCAGGUCUGGAAUAUCAUCGAACUUUGAAUGUGGAAGGAGAAAUGUCUGUUCUGUCUGCGGUAAAAGAUUUCAAACAUCAUUGUGACUGGAAAAGCACCGGGACACAUACACACUCGAGUGAGAGUGUUCCAGUGAACUGACUGUGGAAAGUUACACAGCCUGAAAAAACAUCACACCAUUCACAGCGGGGAGAAACUGUACACGUGUUCUGUGUGUGGAUGAGGUUUCAACUGAUCAUCCAACCUGGAGAGGCCCAAGGACACCUGCAGCAUGGAGAAACCAUGGAAAUGUGGGGACUGUGGGAAGAGAUUCAGUUGUCCAUCCCACCUAGAAACUCAUCGACGCACUCACACUGGGGAGAGACCGUUCAUCUGCUCUGUGUGUGGGAAGGGAUUUACUCAGCCAUCCAGCCUCAUGUCACACCAGCGAAUUCACACUGAGGAGAAACCUUUUAAAUGCUCUGACUGUGGAAGAAGCUUUAGGAGCUCCGGCUGUUUAAUUCAACAUCAGGGACUUCACACAGGGGAGAGACCGUUCACCUGCUCCAAGUGUGAGAAGAGAUUUGCGUCUUCAUCUCACCUCACAAAGCACCUACGUGUGCACACGGGGGAGAGGCCAUUCACCUGCCCUGAGUGUGGGAAGAGAUUCAGGUGUUCACCCAACCUCGCUGAACACCUACGUGUGCACACGGGGGAGAGGCCAUUCACCUGCCCUGAGUGUGGGAAGAGAUUCACUUGUUCAUCCCACCUUGCUGAACACAAGCGAGUUCACACUGGAGAGAAACCAUUUGUCUGCUCCAUGUGUGGGAAGGGAUUCACUACGUCAUCCCAGCAUCUGAACCACCAGCAGGUUCACACUGAGGAGAGACCAUUCACCUGCUCCACAUGUGGGAAGAGAUUCAGUCGUUCAUCCACCCUGCAGAGACACCAGCGAGUUCACACUGGGGAGAGACCGUUUCUCUGCUCCAAGUGUGGGAAGGGAUUCACUCAGUCAUCCCACCUGCUGAGACACCAGCGAGUCCAUAAGAUUCGGAAAGAGGUGGCUGCACCGAUAUUGGAUGCACUGCUUGUCAUUUUCCAAAAUUCCCUAGAUUCUGGAAUGGCACCAAUGGAUUGGAAGGUGGAACAUGUAAUCCCAAUAUUCAAGAAAAGCAGGAGAAAGGAUACAGGGAAACACAGGCCAUUUAGCUGGACAUCAGUCAUCAAGAAAGCACUGGAAUCUAUUAUUAAGGAAGUGACCUUUGGUUACUCUCAUGGACAUGUCCCAGCUCCCCAUACCUUCCAGAGGUUCUCCAUCAUGCUGGGCUCAACAGCACGGAGACCACCCUCCAGAAAAUUCCACUUGGCCAGGCAUGUCCCCCACAUGGAUGAUGACAGAAUUCCCAAGCAGAUUGUCAAUGGGGAACUGUCUCAGGGUAAACAACAUCAAGGUGGUCAGUUCAAGGACACCCGAAAAAAGAGCCUUACAAACUUGUGCAUUGCAGACCACCUCUCAGGAAACACUGCAGCCGACCGGCCCAUGUGGAGGCAAACACUGAAAUUUGGUUCAGCAUGUUUCAAGGAACAUCUGCUCCAGACUCACAACAUCCGAUGUGCCCAGAGGUGGAGCAGCUGCAGAAGUUCCCCCAGGCACCAACAACAACUUGAACUGUCAGUUCUGUGGACAUCCAUGUCAAUCCCACAUUGGACUCUUCAGUCACGAGAGGACCUACAGAAAAUGAUGAAAUCGUUUACAGCUUGGACAUACUCGAACAACGAGGAGCCUACCCCAACAUUAUCCCUGUUCUCCGGAUCGGGGAACUAUACUCUGUAUGAUUACAGUGCUGUUAAUAAAGUCAGGAAAAGACAACCUGUUGUUGUGAGCUUGAUUAUCUGGUGGCUGAAACCACAAGAUUCAACAUUUAGAGUCAACAAGAUGAACAAGGAAACACAUCACAGUUCAAUAUUCCAGCUCAAUAUUCCCAGGAGAAACAUCCGCAGUUUUUUUGCUUUUGCCCCUUUAAAUAUUCCGAGCUGCUGCCGGGAUAUGCGCAUGCUCAGUCGCAAAUCAACCAGGCGGGUCCUGGGCCAGGCGGCCAUUGAAAGGCCGAAUAAUGGAACGAAGCUGCAGGCUCCAGCAGGAGAUUUUAAUAUUGAAAACAGUGGAGUUGUUUCAGAGCAUCGGAUUUUGAACAUGGAAGGAGAAAGCACUGUUCACAGUGAGGAGAAACCGUACACGUGUUCUGUGUGUGGACGAGGCUUCAGCCAAUCAUCUGACUUGUCAGAACAUAAAUGCCGUCACAACAGAGAGAAACCAUGGAAAUGUGGAGACUGUGGGAAGGGAUUUAAUUACCCAUCUGAGCUGGAAAAUCAUCAGCGAGUUCACACUGGGGAGAGGCCAUUCACCUGCUCUGAGUGUGGGAAGGGAUUCACUUGUUCAUCAACCCUGCUGCAACAUCGACAGGUUCACACUGUCGAGAGGCCUUUCAAAUGUCCAGACUGCGGGAAGUGCUAUAAAAGUCCCCGGGAACUGUCUGGCCAUCAACGUGUUCACUCUGACGAGAGACCGUUCAGGUGCUCUCACUGUGGGACUGGGUUCAAGACAUUAUCUGUCCUCACUGUACACCAGCGAAUUCACACUGGGGAGCGGCCAUUCAUCUGCUCAAAGUGUGGGAAGGGAUUUGCUCACUCUUCUCACCUGCUGACACACCAGCGAAUUCACACUGGGGAGAGACCUUUUAAGUGCCCAGACUGCGGGAAGGGCUUUAAAAGUUCCUGGGAACUGAUGUUUCAUCAACGUCUUCACACUGGCGAGAGGCCGUUCAGGUGCUCUCACUGUGGGGCUGGGUUUAGGCGAUCACCUGAUCUGAUUGUACACCAGCGAGUUCACACUGCGGAGAGGCCAUUCACCUGCUCCGAGUGUGGGAAGGGAUUCACUCGGUCAUCCACUCUGCUGGAACACCAGCGAGUUCACACUGGGGAGAGGCCGUUCACCUGCUCGGACUGUGGGAAGGGAUUCACUCGGUCAUCCCACCUGCUGACACACCAGCGCACUCACACUGGGGAGAGGCCGUUCAUCUGCUCUGUGUGCGGGAAGGGGUUCAGUCAGUCAUCCCACCUACUGACACAUCAGCGAAUUCAUACUGGGGAGAAGCCGUUCACCUGUUCUGAGUGCGGGAAGGGGUUCAUUCAGUUAUCCAACCUGCUGCUACACCAGCGAGUUCACAAAUAACGAUAAUGAUUGGAUUUUUCUGUUAAUCAUAUUUGGGGUGAACCAUUGUUCAUUACGGUCUGUUUCUGCUGAUGUUAAUAAACUUCG